AUGCUUGCUGAUUGUCUGUACAAAUUUAAGGUGCGAGUGGAAGAGGUACCGGAAGAUGAGCAGAGCAUUGGACAGGGCGAACAUCUUUUGCCUGUUGGACAUUUCGAUAAAGAUCCAGCACGCAUGUUUGGUGUACCGUUUUUCAUAAAGGUUACAAAUGGGGAGACGCUGGAUAGUGUGAGUGAGCGAAUAAGGAAGAAACUGGACAUUACUCCCAAGGAAUUUGAGAAGUAUAAAUUCGCUGUAAUAGUGAACAAUCGAGUGAGCAAGUACCUGGACCGUGAAAGUGUGGUUAAUCUCAAUGAACUGGCACACACUCAUAUUACAGGAUAUGCAUCGGCGCCCUGGCUUGGUCUUGAUCAUAUGAACAAAAGUCGUGGUGCACGUGGCUCGCACACGACCGAAAAAGCAAUCGUUAUUCAUAACUGA